AUGGCUCUUAUUCUUAAGGGACUCGAUAAUCUAUCUCUGAGUUUAUCUUCUUCAAAUCAUAUGGCAACAACUGGUUUCAGUGCUAGUUCACCUCCAAUUUUCUCUAGAGUGAAUUAUCCCUUUUGGGCCGUUAAGAUGCGGACUUACCUGCAGGCAUUCGAUAUUUGGGAUUCUAUUGAGUUUGGAGAAGCUCUUGUGCAGAGGCAUGCCAAUCCUACAUUGGCACAGAUCAAACAACAUAGUGAGGAUGUAGUUAAAAGUUUGAAAGAGGAAUACCAGGGUAGUGAUCGAACCAGGACUAUGCAAGUAUUGAACUUAUCUAGACAGUUUGAGCUUAUGAAAAUGAAGGAGGAAGAUAGCAUUCAGGAUUAUACUGACAAAUUGUUGAAGUUAGUUAAUCAAUUAAAAUAG